AUGGCGUCUACUGCACGCAGGCAGAUUUCGCAAGAGACGUUCGACGAGUGCGUGGCUGAGAAUGUUGAGGACUUUGAGAUGUCGUUAGAAGAGGCUGUGGCUGAUGCUAUUCAGCAAUUUGAGUCACAGGGCGUGGAUUUGUCGAAUAUUAUAAAGGCUGGAAAGAAACAAGUGGUCGAUGGACAGGAGCCGCUGCCUUUGCGGCUGAAGAGGCUGAUUCGAGAGCUGCAAGAGCUCUGGAACUCUCAUAGAGACAUGAUUAAAUUGCUUAGCCUAAUUAAUGAGCUACAAAAUAUUUUUGAAGAAGUCCCAGAGGCUCGCGUAGCAGCUGGACGAAACGACGCCAUGGAUGUGCUGCUGUCGUUGUUAGAGGCCGACACUUCUGUUGUCGUCAUAUCUAGCAGCAACUUGCUAGUGUUGCUGUGCGCUGAUAAUGUCGACAAUCAGGAUUUUAUUGGUGCGUUUGGUAUGCAGCAAAUUGUGAAGGUGUUAGAACGUUGGAGGGAAGAUGUAGAGACUUUAGUGCGAUUGCUACCGCUCGUUAAAGCAGCUUGUUUUAAGCACGAAAACAACAAAGCAAACUUUUCAAAGAAAAACGGCAUCGAAGAGCUUUGUCGGCACUUGGAUGGAACAAAGGACAACAAAAUGCUGUCAAAACAAUUGGCAUUAUGUUUUCGAGUGUUGACUAUAAAUGACGAUCCGCGCGCGGUAUUCUCACAAGCACAAGAUACAGUUAAAGCAUUGGUUGAACGUGGUGUGAUUACGUAUAUUUUAGAUUUUCUACGUCAUGCUGGGUGCAGUGGUACAGCGCAGAAUUCAAGUGCAUCGCCAGAUUUGCUGACAAACUGGCUUGCUGUUCUCAAGCAACUUGCCAUAACGGAAGAAAAUUGUCAUCAAAUUGCCGAUCUGGAUGGUGUGAUUAUUGUGCAGAGCGUCAUGAAGGCAUUUCAUCAAAAUGCUGCGAUAGCAAAGCGUUGUAUUACAGUUUUUAGGAAUAUGGCGGCUGCAGAUUCUUUGAAGCGUACAAUUUUGCAAUCCGGCACCAUUGAACAGACGUUGUUGGCCAUGGAAUGUCAUGAUGCCGAUGCGUCUAUUCAGCAAAACGCAUGUGCUACAUUAGCAGCUAUUGCGCUCCGCUCAUCAGAAAAUAGCCGUGUACUUGUGGAUCUUGGGGUUGCGCGGCAAAUCUCGCGAGCCAUGCAGACACACCGACGUGAUGUGGCUGUCCUUCGCCAAGCAAGCUUGGCGAUACGUAACAUGGUGGCUCGCAGUGUGGACUUGCGCUCGCGGUUCUUGCAUGAUGAACCAGAGAUUGAAGCAUUGCUUCGCGAAGCACAGCAGUAUCGCGGCUGCGGUGAUGAAGCCUAUGCUGCCCUGCGCGAUCUGAGCUGUGAUAUCCAGCUGUCUACUUAUGGUUCUGCUGCAUCUGGAUCAUACAAUGCGCCAACAAAGAUACUCCGCUUCAAUCCUGUGCAAGUCCAGUCUAGUAACCUAAUUGGGAGAGUACAAGAAACUGCAGAGGCACCAUGUAGAAAUUAUAGAUAA